CAUACACGUAAUAUGACUGAUUUUAUCGCGAUUUUGCCUCCCGAAAUCAUUCAGUACAUCUUCUCGUUCAUCGGUCAGCGGGACUGUGUCGAAUGUGUGAAAGUAUGUCGCCGCUGGUUUUACGCGAUCCACACUUACCAGACAGCCCUGUGGACACUGGUGGAAAUCUCGCCUGAUGCAUGGAACAAAAGGAGCGACGCGAUGCUUCAAUGUCUGGGACAACAAGUCAAAUCAGUAUACAUCAAAUCUCAAGCCACGUAUAAAGUACUGGAACGACUUGCUUGGCGAGGAUGCUGCAUCCGCGUCCUUGCAACCAUGUGCAUAGCAAACAAUUACAACCUAAUUUCGACAGUAGCACGUUACUGCCAGGAAUCAUCAGAUAUUUCUCGCAUACGCUAACUGCUCUGACGAUUUCAUUUCACACUUGCGAUAUCUCGCUGCCAAUGCUACUGGACUUCUUGCCGUCAUUGACGCAUCUUUCAGUGAUGUUUGAUGGCCGCACUAACUUAUCAGACGCUACACUUGAACAAGUUGUUGGCAGAAGCAGACACAAAAGGCCACCGAUACACAACAUUAUCUUCUUAAGACUGGACAGUGUGCUCAAUUUUAAAUACCGGAUCCGUCCCGUAUUGCAGCGUUGCUCCCACAUCAAGUACUUGAUAUUAUCGUCUUACUCACGAUUCAAUAACGUAUCUCCAACCAACAUCUAUACAGCUUAUGAGCUGUGCCCUCUUUUACGCUACAUUAUGUGGGAUUGCAGCGAACCAGCCAUAGCAGACAGAUGGAUGUCACUAUCAAGAAGCACGAGUGCUGAUACUAAAAUAACAGAAAGGAAACCAUCGAAUGAUGGCGAGGAAGGCAGUAUGGCUUAUGAACUGGUACUCAACGGCAAGGGUCACGAGAGGAUCAUGCCUAUAGUAGUAAAAUCGCAGCCGAUACUAGAACAUUUACGUAUAGUCGCCUACGGUCUUUCUGAUAUUCAUUGGUUGGAUAUAUUGGCACGCAAUCAAUUCACACAGCUGACAAGGUUGGGGUUGACGGACAUCAUUGGUAUGUCAAGCGAAGAUUGGGCCCAGAUUUUGCUCAUGCAGCAACAAAUUGAGAUCUUGGAAAUUGGAAAUCGCGCUGGAACAACGCAGCAUCUGAACAGCAUUAUCACAACCAUUGUACGCUGCAACGGCUCCGUUUUCUUUUCUUGCGAAAUUUCCUUCACAUGUUCAGCGAGAAUCCUCUUUGCGACCUUUCUCCGCUUCGCCGUUUGCAACAGCUUAAAGGACUGUGUCUCACGAACAUACCCAUCGACAACCAAGGUCUAAUGCAGUUGUGCGAACCAUCACAGCACCCAGUAGUCAGGAGACUAAGCUUGAGCCGCACAUCACCGUACAGUAAUAAUGUCGACGACUUUCUCCACAGAGGCAGGAUGGAUUGUGUGGGCACAACGACUUAAUGGAAACCAAAAUAUUGAAUAUGAAACUGACAGCUGCGAAAGGUGUUACUGAUGCUGUCCUUGAGCAUUUUGCACGAGUCGAAAGCUUGGUGCUAUUUCGUGUUACAAAGGUCUCUACUAUCACAGAUGCAGGUGUCAAUUCAUUUCGUA